GCUAUGGCGGCUGUUCGAUUUACGGCAGUUAUUCUGGUUUGUUUAUUACCGGCGGCCGUUUUAUCUUACGGUUUUCCGGCGACCUUGAAGCUGGAAAGAGCGGUUCCGGCGAAUCACGAGAUGGAAAUCAGUCAACUCAAGGCGCGUGACAGAGCCAGACACGGCAGAUUGUUACAGUCGCUCGGCGGAGUCAUCGAUUUCCCCGUCGACGGAACUUUUGAUCCUUUCGUUGUUGGAUUAUACUACACGAAACUGCGUCUGGGAUCUCCUCCACGAGACUUUUAUGUACAGAUUGAUACAGGAAGUGAUGUUUUAUGGGUCAGUUGUGCUUCUUGCAAUGGCUGUCCUCAAACCAGCGGACUCCAAAUUCAGUUGAAUUUCUUUGAUCCAGGGAGCUCAGUUACAGCAACACCGAUCUCAUGUUCUGACCAAAGAUGCAGUUGGGGUGUACAGUCCUCUGAUUCAGGCUGUUCUGUUCAGAACAAUCUUUGCGCUUACACGUUUCAGUAUGGAGAUGGAAGUGGCACCUCGGGGUUCUACGUCUCUGAUGUCUUGCAGUUUGACAUGAUCGUAGGAAGCUCUCUGGUCCCAAACUCAACCGCUCAAGUUGUGUUCGGAUGCAGCACCUCACAGACUGGAGAUUUAGUGAAGUCAGAUAGAGCGGUUGAUGGAAUCUUCGGGUUUGGGCAACAAGGGAUGUCUGUGAUAUCUCAGCUUGCUUCGCAGGGAUUAGCUCCGAGAGUGUUCUCACACUGCUUGAAGGGAGAGAAUGGAGGCGGAGGCAUAUUGGUUCUUGGAGAGAUUGUAGAGCCAAACAUCGUCUUUACUCCACUCGUUCCCUCACAGCCUCAUUACAAUGUGAAUCUGCUGAGCAUCUCGGUGAAUGGCCAAGCUUUGCCUAUCAAUCCAUCGGUCUUUUCGACAUCAAACGGUCAAGGAACAAUCAUCGAUACAGGUACAACACUGGCGUACCUUUCCGAAGAAGCCUAUGUUCCUUUUGUUGAAGCAAUUACAACUGCUGUUUCGCGGUCGGUUAGACCCGUUGUCUCGAAAGGGAACCAGUGUUACAUAAUAGCCACAAGUGUUGCAGACAUAUUUCCUCCAGUUAGCUUCAACUUUGCUGGUGGAGCAUCCAUGUUCUUGAAUCCUCAGGAUUACCUCAUACAGCAAAACAACGUCGGAGGUACUGCAGUGUGGUGCAUUGGUUUUCAGAAGAUACAGAAUCAGGGGAUAACAAUCCUUGGAGAUUUGGUUCUUAAAGACAAAAUCUUUGUCUAUGAUCUGGUCGGUCAGAGAAUAGGAUGGGCAAAUUACGACUGUUCGAUGUCGGUAAAUGUCUCUGCGACUAGCAGCAGCGGAAGAAGCGAAUAUGUGAACGCAGGACAGUUUAGUGAAAACGCCGCGCCGCAGAGAUUGUCUUUGGACAUUAUUGUCGGGAACACUUUGAUGCUCUUAGUAAUGGUAAUCAACAUGUUCUUAUAG